GUCAGCCCCAGCUCCAGCUGAUCCCCCACCAUCCAGGUCGCCUGCAGCCUGUAACUACCCACUGUGUUGGUUACAGCAGUCAUCUACCCCGUGCGCCCCGAAGCCAGCUCUGCACAGUUUCGUUUCUGAUCUCUCCAGAGCCCAAGCAGAGUGGACCCCUGUUCAGCCUAGUGACCUUCGCCUGAGCCCUGGUUAAUAUUUGACCAAAGGCGGUGGGGCUCCUCCCCCUGGGAAGAUAUAAGCUGGUCUGGGGCUACUCUGCUUUCUUCUUGGCCUGAGCUGUUCCGAGCUCCCUGCCCACCAGCAUCAUGGCCAAGGGUUUCUACAUUUCCAAGACCCUGGGCAUCUUGGGCAUCCUGUUAGGUGUGGCAGCCGUAUGCACCAUCAUAGCUCUGUCGGUGGUCUACGCUCAGGAGAAGAACAGGAACUCGGAGAACUCUGCCAUAGCCCCCACGCUCCCAGGCAGCACCUCAGCCACCACCUCAACUACCAACCCUGCUAUAGAUGAAAGCAAACCUUGGAACCAGUAUCGCUUGCCUAAGACUCUUAUACCUGACUCCUACCAGGUGACCUUGAGGCCUUACCUCACCCCCAACGAGCAGGGCCUGUACAUCUUCAAAGGUUCCAGUACUGUCCGCUUUACCUGCAACGAGACCACAAAUGUCAUCAUCAUCCACAGCAAGAAGCUCAACUACACCAACAAAGGGAACCACAGGGUGGAGUUGCGAGCCCUGGGUGACACUCCGGCACCUAACAUCGACACGACGGAACUGGUAGAGCGCACGGAGUACCUGGUGGUGCACCUGCAGGGCUCCCUGGUAAAGGGCCACCAGUACGAGAUGGACAGUGAGUUCCAAGGGGAGCUGGCUGAUGAUCUGGCUGGCUUCUACCGCAGCGAGUACAUGGAAGGUGGCAACAAGAAAGUGGUGGCCACCACACAGAUGCAGGCUGCCGAUGCUCGGAAAUCCUUUCCUUGCUUCGAUGAGCCAGCCAUGAAGGCCUCAUUCAACAUCACGCUCAUCCACCCCAACAACCUCACCGCUCUGUCUAACAUGCUUCCCAAAGGUGAGCCUGGCUGCCCUGGGCCCUUUGAGGAAGAUCCUUCCUGGAACGUCACUGAGUUCCACCCUACCCCGAAGAUGUCCACAUACCUGCUGGCCUACAUCGUGAGCGAGUUCAAAAAUGUAGAAGCCGUCUCACCCAAUAGAGUCCAGAUUCGAAUCUGGGCUCGGCCCAGUGCCAUUGAUGCGGGCCAUGGUGAUUACGCGCUGCAAGUUACAGGCCCCAUCCUAAACUUCUUUGCCCAACAUUAUAAUACAGCCUACCCUCUAGAAAAAUCUGACCAGAUUGCCCUGCCUGACUUCAACGCUGGAGCCAUGGAGAACUGGGGGCUCGUGACCUACCGAGAGAGUGCCCUGGUCUUUGACCCUCAGUCCUCCUCCAUUGGCAACAAGGAGCGGGUGGUCACUGUGAUUGCCCAUGAGCUCGCCCAUCAGUGGUUUGGCAACCUGGUGACCGUGGAUUGGUGGAAUGACCUGUGGCUGAACGAGGGCUUUGCCUCCUAUGUGGAAUUUCUGGGUGCUGACUAUGCAGAGCCCACCUGGAAUCUGAAAGACCUCAUAGUACUGAAUGAAGUGUACCGUGUGAUGGCCGUGGACGCGCUCGCUUCCUCCCACCCGUUGUCCAGCCCUGCCAACGAGGUCAACACGCCAGCCCAGAUCAGUGAGCUGUUUGACAGUAUCACCUACAGCAAGGGCGCCUCAGUCCUUAGGAUGUUGUCCAGCUUCCUGACAGAGGACCUGUUCAAGAAGGGCCUUUCGUCUUACCUCCACACCUUCCAAUACUCGAACACCAUUUAUCUGGACCUGUGGGAACACCUGCAGCAGGCAGUGGACAGUCAGACAGCUAUCAAACUCCCAGCCUCAGUGCGCACCAUCAUGGACCGAUGGAUUCUACAGAUGGGUUUUCCUGUUAUCACUGUGAACACCAGUACGGGAGAAAUCUACCAGGAACACUUCCUCCUGGACCCCACUUCCAAACCUACCCGCCCCUCAGAGUUUAAUUACCUCUGGAUUGUGCCCAUUCCGUAUCUCAAAAAUGGAAAGGAGGAUCACUACUGGCUGGAGACCGAGAAAAACCAGAGUGCAGAAUUCCAAACAUCCCCCAAUGAAUGGCUCUUACUGAACAUUAAUGUAACCGGCUACUACCAGGUUAACUAUGAUGAAAAUAACUGGAGGAAGAUUCAGAAUCAGCUGCAAACAGACCUUUCUGUUAUCCCUGUCAUCAACCGUGCGCAGAUUAUCCACGACUCCUUCAACCUGGCCAGUGCUGGAAAGCUAUCCAUCACUCUGCCGCUGAGCAACACCCUCUUCCUGGCCAAUGAAACAGAAUACAUGCCCUGGGAGGCUGCCCUGAGCAGCCUGAACUACUUCAAGCUCAUGUUUGACCGCUCGGAGGUCUACGGCCCCAUGAAGCGCUAUCUGAAGAAGCAAGUCACACCCCUCUUCGCCUACUUCAAAACCAAAACCAACAACUGGCUCAACCGUCCUCCAACACUGAUGGAGCAGUACAACGAAAUUAAUGCCAUCAGCACCGCCUGUUCUAGUGGUCUCGAAGAGUGUAGGGACCUCGUUGUUGGGCUUUAUAGUCAGUGGAUGAACAACUCUAAUAAUAACACGAUCCACCCCAACCUUCGGUCUACUGUCUACUGCAAUGCCAUUGCUUUCGGUGGUGAGGAAGAGUGGAACUUUGCUUGGGAACAGUUCCGGAAAGCAACUCUGGUGAACGAGGCAGAUAAACUCCGCUCAGCCUUGGCCUGUAGCAACGAGGUGUGGAUUUUGAACAGGUACCUGAGUUACACCCUGAACCCCGACUACAUCCGGAAGCAGGAUGCUACCUCCACCAUCAUCAGCAUAGCCAACAACGUGGUUGGACAAACUCUAGUUUGGGACUUUGUCCGAAGCAACUGGAAGAAACUGUUUGAAGAUUACGGCGGAGGAUCUUUCUCCUUUGCCAAUCUCAUCCAGGGAGUGACCCGGCGCUUCUCCUCUGAGUUCGAGCUGCAGCAGCUGGAGCAGUUUAAAGAGGACAACUCGGCCACAGGCUUUGGCUCUGGCACUCGGGCUCUGGAGCAAGCCCUGGAGAAGACUAAAGCCAACAUCAAGUGGGUGAAGGAGAACAAAGACGUGGUGCUCAAGUGGUUCACAGAAAACAGCUAGUUAGUCCCCGGCCGAGAACCAUCUGUCCCCGCGUGACGCCUGUGACUAUCUCAGCAGCCUGUGCAGGGUCUCUGUCUUCAGAGCGCCAGACACCGACAUCUGACCCUCAAGGUCAAAGUCUCCAGCCUAUGGAGCUAGCCUAGCUCCUAAUUGUCAGACUGCCAGACACCUCCCAGUCCUUGCCCCCCCCCCCCCGUGCCAACUCUGCCCCAGGCCCAGGCCUCUGGGGCUGAUCUCAGGGAAGCCCAGCUCUGAGUCUAGAUUUACUGGACAAAGGGUAGCCUAGAAAGAGUCUCCCUGAAUGCCUUACUACUUUCCCCCCACAAGACCCAGAACCAAAGAAUCAACAGGGCACAAAGAUCUAUAUAUAUAUAUUUUUAAGAGAAAAUGUAAAUAAAGAAUUUCUAAAAUGA